GGGAGCCGCAAGCGGGGCGUGGAGUCCCGGGCGAGCAAAGGCGCCCGGGCCGAGCUCCGGCCGGAUGAAGAGCCGAGCGGGUGGGCCGGUGCUCCCCAGCGCGGGCCUCAGGUCGGCCAGCCGGGCUGCCAGCCCUUCCGGAAAGACAGUCCCGGGCGCGGCCCAGCAUGCUCGGCCCUCUGCACGGAGCGCGGCCGCCGGCCCUCGGAGACGUCGGGAGGUCCGGGGAGGCGUGGCCACCAGCGGGAUGUGCUAGCACGUGACCCCGGCCCCGGCGCUCUCCCGUCGGACGCCGGUUCCCUGCACUUGCCCGCGCAGGAUGAAUGACAUGAAUUUGAGCCCAGUGGGGAUGGAGCAGCUGUCUUCAUCCUCUGUGAGCAAUGCCCUGCCGGUCUCAGGAAGUCACCUGGGUUUGGCUGCCUCUCCCUCUCACAGCGCCAUCCCUGCCCCAGGUCUCCCAGUGGCAAUUCCAAACCUGGGUCCCUCCCUGAGCUCUCUGCCUUCUGCCUUGUCUCUGAUGCUCCCCAUGGGCAUUGGAGAUCGAGGGGUGAUGUGUGGGUUACCCGAAAGAAACUACACCCUACCUCCACCGCCUUACCCUCACCUAGAGAGCAGUUACUUCAGAACUAUUCUACCUGGCAUUUUAUCUUACUUGGCUGACAGACCGCCUCCUCAGUACAUCCACCCCAACUCUAUAAAUGUUGAUGGUAAUACAGCGUUGUCUAUCACCAACAGCCCUUCAGCACUAGAUCCUUAUCAGGCCAAUGGAAAUGUUGGAUUAGAAUUAGGUGUUGUUUCAAUAGACUCUCGUUCUGUGAACACACAUGGUGCCCAAAGUCUUCAUCCUAAUGAUGGCCAUGAAGUGGCAUUGGACACAACAAUCACUAUGGAGAAUGUUUCUAGGGUUACCAGCCCAAUCUCUACAGAUGGAAUGGCAGAGGAGCUUACAAUGGAUGGUGUUGCAGGAGACCAUUCGCAAAUCCCCAAUGGCUCCAGAAGUCAUGAACCUCUCUCUGUGGAUUCUGUGGGCAACAACCUGACAGCAGACACUGUAGGACAUGGUGGUGUGAUACCCAUUCAUGGGAGUGGUCUAGAGCUUCCCGUGGUCAUGGAGACAGACCACAUUGCAAAUCGGGUCAAUGGGAUGUCUGACAGCACCCUCAGUGACUCCAUCCACACUGUGGCCAUGAGCACCAACUCUGUAAGCGUGGCACUCUCUACCUCACACAACCUCGCCUCUCUAGAAUCUGUUUCCCUCCAUGAAGUUGGCCUUAGCCUAGAGCCUGUGGCUGUCUCUUCCAUCACGCAGGACGUUGCUAUGGGGACAGGUCAUGUAGAUGUAUCCUCAGACAGCUUGGCUUUCGUACCACCUUCGCUGCAAAUGGAAGACUCCAAUUCAAACAAGGAAAACAUGGCAACCUUGUUUACAAUUUGGUGCACUCUCUGUGACAGAGCCUACCCCUCAGACUGCCCUGAUCAUGGCCCAGUGACUUUUGUUCCUGACGCACCAAUAGAGAGCAGAGCAAGGCUGUCCCUCCCAAAGCAACUUGUUCUCCGCCCAUCCAUUGUGGGGACAGAAGUCGGUGUAUGGACUGCAGAAACCAUUCCUGUGCGGACUUGCUUUGGGCCCCUAAUUGGUCAGCAGAGUCACUCCAUGGAAGUAGCCGAGUGGACAGACAAGGCAGUUAACCACGUCUGGAAGAUCUACCACAGUGGUGUCCUAGAGUUCUGCAUCAUUACAACUGAUGAAAAUGAGUGUAACUGGAUGAUGUUUGUGCGCAAAGCCAGGAACCGUGAAGAACAAAAUUUGGUGGCUUAUCCCCAUGAUGGAAAAAUCUAUUUCUGUACCUCACAAGACAUCCCCCCUGAAAAUGAACUGCUAUUCUAUUAUAGCCGGGAUUAUGCUCAACAGAUUGGUGUUCCUGAACACCCAGAUGUGCACCUCUGUAACUGUGGCAAGGAGUGCAAUUCCUAUUCUGAGUUCAAAGCUCAUCUGACCAGCCACAUCCAUAGCCAUAUCCCUGGCCAGGGCCACAGCAGCAGCCACGGGCCGAGCCACAGCAAGGAAAGGAAGUGGAAGUGUUCCAUGUGCCCCCAGGCUUUUAUCUCUCCUUCCAAACUCCACGUUCACUUUAUGGGUCAUAUGGGCAUGAAGCCCCACAAGUGUGAUUUUUGUAGCAAGGCUUUUAGUGAUCCAAGCAACCUGCGGACACACCUCAAAAUACAUACAGGUCAGAAGAAUUACAGGUGUACUUUGUGUGACAAGUCUUUCACCCAGAAGGCCCACCUCGAGUCCCACAUGGUCAUCCACACGGGUGAGAAGAAUCUCAAGUGUGAUUACUGUGACAAGCUGUUUAUGCGGAGGCAGGACCUCAAGCAGCAUGUGCUCAUCCACACACAGGAACGCCAGAUCAAGUGUCCGAAGUGUGAUAAACUGUUCUUGAGAACAAACCACUUGAAGAAGCAUCUUAAUUCUCACGAAGGAAAACGAGAUUAUGUCUGUGAGAAAUGUACGAAGGCUUAUCUAACCAAGUACCAUCUCACUCGGCACCUGAAGACCUGCAAAGGGCCCGCCUCCAGUUCCUCGGCACAGGAGGAGGAUGACGACGACUCUGAAGAAGAUGAUCUCACAGACUCUGUGAGAACAGACGACUGUAGGAUGGGCAGUGCCAUUUACUCAGCAGACGAGCCUCUCUCCACACAUAAAUAGAAGGAAAACUGCUGGGAUGGACCAUGCAUCGGGAAAUCACAGAACCAACGCACUGCAGUGGUUUCUAAUGUGGAAUGCUUUCUGGUCCUUCCAACCCACUGUCAAAAGUGGACGGAGUGGGAUAGCUAAGGCAGUUAGUGAGGAAGAUCCAGAUGGAUUCUUCAGGGUGGACUGGAGACAAGGCACGUGUCUGCCCAUUUUUUAAGCAAUGGGUGGCGAGGAAAGGGUCAGCUUUUGGUAUCUGUUCUUUAUUUGCUUAGUAAUUUGAGAGAUGCAUUUAUGCCUGAAUCAGCGUGGCCUUUUGUUCUUACCAAUUUAUCUCAUUGUUCCAUUCUUUUUUCCUCCAGUCAACAUGAUUUGACCCCAGCCAUCCCCACUGUUGACCACAUAUUAUGAACUAUUUUAAGGUGUGCAUCUCACAGCAAGAAUUGCAGCACAGCAGAUCGAGUGUUUGGUGACUGUAAUAAUUUUAUAUAUAUAUAUGAAAGAAAAGUAACACCUGCCUACCUUCUGGCCACUUGCGAGUUUAGAUCCUGCUUCUCCAUCUCAGCAGGUGUUGAGGGAGCAGGUGGAGCAGCAGUCAUGGGUCAGAGGAAAAGGCCCAGAAAACCACCUCCAAUGGAAGCCAAGGUUAGCCACCUGGUUAUGUGUACAUGCACGCCUUUAUGGUUUGGCCAUGUCUCUGACUUCAGGAAAGCCUUCCGUUAUUCAGAAAGUACCUGGAAUUAAGUAUCCAAAUAAUAUCUACUGGGUAGUCUCCUGUCAUGGACUCACCUGACAAGACUACAGGAGAAAGAAGGGGAAUGAUCUUUUAUGUAGGUUUACUUGAUGAACACCAUUAAAAUGUUGCUGACUGAAAGCAACAUGUAGUUCCAAAUGCAUUGGUGGGUUUCAGUUAGGCCUUCCCAGUUUUCUUCCUUGCUAAAGGUCCUCACCAGCUAAGUGUAGAGGAUACCAACGGAUCUGGAAGAUAGAGAAGUCACCAUGUGGGUCUGUUUUCAGGUACCUGGUGGCAAGAAGCAGAAACAUCCUGAAGGUGACAGGGUUGAUGGAACGACCUUGAGUAGAGGAAGGACUCUGCUGGGAAGGUUUUGCUGCUAAAGUAUUUAUGGGAUGAAUGUAUUUCAUUCAAAUCUGUAUUCCUUUAGGAAGAAUUAAAAUCAAAAAUUUUUAAUGAAAAUAAGGCAUUUCUCAAUCUUUUGUAGAGGAUGGACUCAAAGGUUAAAAGAGAAGAAAGCUUUUAGCUCUGAGGUCGUAUCCUAAUUGUUCCUGUGUAACGGUGCUUAGACAGACUCAACUUCUGGGAUUUCUAGGAAGGUCUACCGCUGAAGGCAAGUGCUGUGUGUGGCUCGGAGUGAGUGCUAACACCAAGGCGUGUAAAGCCUUAGUAGUGCUCAAAGUAAUUUCUCCCUUUUCUUAGGAGCAUGCACUUGAUUAAAUUCCUUAUUGCCCUGCACAGAGAUCCUCUUCAAACUAGAGCUAUUCAAGCUA